CAUCAGACUCAAUUGCCUUCUUUCAAACCGUACUCGUUCCCACCAAUUCUUGGAUGCUCUUCAUCUCUUCAACCAAAUUCACUCUUCCAAUCAUCUCAGACCAGACCACUACACCCUUUCGACCACCCUCACCGCCUGCGCCAACAUCGCACCCACUAGCUUCGGCAACCAGCUCCACGCCUUCGCCAUUAAUGCAGGGCUUAAAGAAUACCCUCAUGUAUCAAAUUCUCUCCUUUCAUUCUACGCCAAGUCAAAAGAUUUGAGUUCAGUGAAAAGGGUCUUUAGUGAAAUUGAAAACGCAGAUGUUUAUUCUUGGACUACGUUGUUGUCUGCGUGUGCUAAGUUGGGUGAAGUUGAGUAUGCUUGUCAGAUGUUUGAUGAAAUGCCGCAAAGGAAUUUGGCGGUUUGGAAUGCAAUGAUUACUGGGUGUGCUGAAAGUGGGCGUCACAAGAUUGCUUUGAAUUUGUUUCAAAGAAUGCAUUUUUUGGGUGUUAGAUAUGAUAAUUAUGCUUUUGCUAGUGUUUUGAGUUUGUGUCAUAUGGAGCUAUUGGAUUUUGGAAGACAAGUGCAUUCAAUGGUCAUUAAGACCGGGUUUUUGUCCAGAGCUUCAGUGCUUAAUGCUUUGGUUACGAUGUAUUUUAACUGUAAGAAUGGUUUUGAUGCUUUAUUAGUAUUUGAGGAAGCUGGGGAUAAAGUGCCUGAUCCUGUAACUUAUAAUGCAAUGAUUGCUGGUUUAGUGAGUACGGAAAGAGCUGAAGAGGCCUUAAUAAUGUUCAAGGAUAUGCAGAAGUUUUCCUUGAGACCCACUGAGCUCACUUUUGUGAGCAUAUUGAGUUCAUGUUCACAUAUUAGGAUUGCUUAUCAACUGCAUGCUCAAGUUGCGAGAAUAGGUUUAGAAAACUAUACAUCCAUUGCUAAUGCAACAAUAACAAUGUAUGCCAGUUGCGGGGACUUGAAUGCAGUCUCUUUAGUUUUUGAAAGGCUAAAGGAGAAGGAUACUGUGUCGUGGAAUGCCAUGAUUACGAGCUAUGCCCAAAAUAGUUUGGACAGAGCAGCAAUUUUCACAUACCUUCAGAUGCAGAGGGAAGGAAUAGAGCCAGAUGAGUUUACAAUGGGCAGCGUACUAGCAAGCUCAGAAUCUCUAGUAGUUGUUGAAAUAAUUUUCGGUGUUGCAUUGAAGAAGGCACUUAUCUUGAAAACGGAAGUAUCUAAUGCACUGCUCUCUGCAUUCUGUAAGCAUGGUGAAAUGAAUCAGGCUUGUCAAGUUUUUAAUGACAUGUUUCCCAGAAACCUGAUCUCUUGGAAUACAUUGAUUUCUGGUUGUCAUCUAAAUGGACUACCCUUGGAGUGCUUGCACCUCUUCUCUAAGAUUGUUAGUGAAGGUUUAAUGCCUAAUCCUUUUACUCUCAGCAUCAUUUUGAGUGUUUGUGCCAGCAUUUCAGCUCUACAACAAGGGAAGGAGAUUCACGCUUACAUUCUCAAAUCUGGAUUGUUUUCAGAAAUAUCCUUAGGAAAUGCUCUCAUCACAUUGUAUGCAAAAUGUGGAAUGUUGCACUGGUCUCUAAAGGUGUUCCAGAUAAUGACAGAAAAAGACAUAGUUUCUUGGAACUCAGUAAUUACUGCCUAUGCACAGCACGGGAAAGGAAGGGAAGCUGUACAUUGCUUUGAGAAGAUGCAAGAAUUAGGUGUGGUCAAACCAGAUAACACCAGCUUUAAUGCAGUCCUGUCAGCUUGCAGCCAUUCAGGCUUAAUUGAUAAAGGCAUUGAAGUUUUUACCUCUAUGAUUCAUACGUACGGUAUAGAGCCUACAACAGACCACUUCUCUUGCAUUGUCGAUCUUCUAGGUCGGGCUGGGUAUCUUGAUGAGGCUGAAAAACUUGUCAAAGAUAGGCACGUUGAUGUAGAUUCCACUGUUUGGUGGACAUUAUUCAGUUCAUGUGCUGCUUAUGGCGAUGUUAGACUAGGCAGAAUUGCUGCGGGAUUUCUGCUUGAGACCGAAAAGGAUAACCCCACGGUUUAUGUUCUUUUAUCCAAUAUUUAUGCCAAUGCAGAGAACUGGGAGGACUCUGCUAAUGUGAGGAAAUUGAUGAAUAAAUGUGGAAUGUUAAAGCAACCAGGAAGUAGUUGGAUAGGAUCCUAAAGCUCAUUUUCUUUAAUGCUGGAUGUCUUGAUGUGAGUGGUUACAAAGUUCAAGCUUACCUAUCAACCAGGAGAUUGCUUUUUGUGGAAGAAAGGUACUAUGUCUUAAAACUUUAAGAUUAACAAUGGACAUGAAACUUUGAAUUUCUUCUGAUCCAUGACCGCAGGUCUAAGGGUAAAAGGUAGGUUUUGUCCCACAUUUCCCGCUUCAGUUCUGCCAGGCAUACUACAUUUCUUGCAAGCCCCAAUGACUCGCUAGCCUACUCCACCAGCGAGCUAUCUUACCCCUGCUUCGUUCCCCUGUCUUCUUUGCAUGUUAUAAAUUCUUUGAUGAUGUCUCAUUGGGGAAUGGCUUGCUGACAGAAAAGUUUUUCUUGUGCGAAUCUUAAGGAAAUUCUUGCACUGUGUAAGCCACUCUAUGAAUCUAUGCCUUGAACUCGGAAAUUGCGUGAUGUGAUUGCCAUAGCAGAAGACAAUUGGUCUGUCUGAUGAGUCUCAUUUCAUUGAAUGAAGACUGAGCAAAACUACCUAAGCAUGAAAAUGGUACGAAGGAGACAAUCUCAAUGAUGAACUUUUUGGCAUCUAUCAAAAGAACUAUGAUUUUUUCAGCUGUUUUACUUACUUCGAGGUUACACAGGUAGUCCUGCUAAAAAUUUAAUUUGUCAAGUUCCCGAAACUGAUAAUAUCGUGGACGUUUAGACAUCCUUUUUCUCUCCAUGAGAGUGAUAUGCACAUUUCUCUAUUGGUUUUAAUCCUUCUUCUCCUUUAGCAAGUGUUGCAUUACAGGGAGGUAUCUGCUACAGAUCCAUGAAAACUUUUCACCUUGCUGGAGCUGACUAGGAAUAUGUUUGCCAAUAUCCCCAAGUAUAGGACUAUACCAUGCAAAGCGCACCAAAACAUGCCUUCUAUGACAGAUCAAGCUUGAUCUUACCACCAAAUAUAGUCCAACUAGAGACUCGACUUCAUUAUCCUCAACUCCACGGUAUUCGCCUUUAAGGAGAUCCCAUAGACAGAAUAACAUUUUAUCUCUUUCUAUCCAUCUAACUAUAAAAAAUAUUUAGUAUCUACGGGUUUAUUUGAAAACAUACAAAAAUAUCGAAAUCGUAGAGAUGGUGGUUAGGGUUUGAGAGGAAGAAGAUAGAGAGAGAAAUGAGAGAACCGACUUUUGUUCUCUAUAAGAAAAUGAAUUGGAAAAAUCAGAAAUGCUAUUACAGUGUAUUUUUUUAUACAAUGGACUAAUAUGUAUAUUGAAUAAGAGGCCCAAGUUGGCCCAAGUUAUACUUUA